CUCUAUGUACUGCAGCUACAGAUACCAGACAUACUCUUUCUUUAGUGGUGAUCCUCUGUUGAAGCUACCAACAAUAAGUAUUAAAAGGUGAGUUAAAAUCAAUUUGUAUAUAGUUUUGUUCAGUUGUAUGUCCCUUUAUAUAUUAAUAUAGAUAUGUCUAGGCAUGUAGAAAACAAUCACAAGAGAAACAAAAUAAUUAUCGGGGUUGUACUAUCCAUUAUGAGUGUGAUUUCUAUAUCACUUGUUAUUCUUAUUUUCUGGUGGAGAAAAUGUAAAACCCCCAAAUCGACCACUAAGAUUAUCAAGGUUACUAUUGACAGUAAUAUUGAUAGUGAGAUUACUAUUGGUGAGGAAACUGAAGAAACUAUUGAUAGCCAGGUUGAACACCCUUCCGCUUUGGCAUCAUUCGAGCAAAUAACAGCUAGCGCACAUGAAAAAACAAUUGCACUAUUUUUAGACUACGAUGGAACUCUUUCUCCAAUCGUAGAAAAUCCGGAGAGAGCUUUGAUGUCCGAUGAGUUGCAGGAUCAAACUGAAUGGCACGCCCCCGCAUUCCAAGAUUUAGGUCCUGCAGUGGAGCUGUUGAAAGUGGAGUUUUGA